AGACGAGUUUUCCUUUUUGAUCACAGAAGAUUUUUGCGUUUUUAAGCACAAAAUGGGAGCUGUAUUAGGUGCUUUAGGAAGCUGUGCUGCUUUCUCGUCGUGUGCCUCUUGUGCCAGUUCGUUAGCUCCAGUGGCGGCGUGUUGUUGUGGCUCAUCAGCUUGUUUUUGUUGCUGUGUUCGAUGUCCGUCAUGCAAAAACUCCACAGCAUCCAGGAUUGUUUACACAAUAAUUCUCUUCCUGGGAACAGUCUUGUCUGCCGUCAUGCUUGCCCCUGGCAUUGUUGAAAAAUUGGAGAAAAUUCCACGUUUCUGUGAUCAUGUUCCAGAGUCAAACUGUAAUAGUCUGGUGGGAUAUUUGGCAGUGUAUCGAGUGUGUUUUGCAAUGGCAGCAUUCUUCCUCUUAAUGGCAGUCUUGAUGUUUAAAGUCAAGAAUAGCAGUGAUCCCAGGGCCAAAUUUCAAAAUGGGUUUUGGCUUAUCAAGAUUGUUCUUGUUAUCGCACUAAUAGUCGCAGCAUUUUACAUUCCUAAAGGAAAAUUUGGAGUUGCAUGGAUGUAUAUUGGAAUGGUUGGUGGCUACCUGUUUAUUUUGCUACAGUUGAUCUUACUGAUUGAUUUUGCCCACAACUGGAGUGAAUCUUGGGUUGAGAAGUAUGAGACGACAGGAAAUAAAAGGUGGUACUGGGCUCUCGUAUUAGUCACCAGUGGGAUAUAUGUUCUGGCAAUUGGGGCUGUUGUUUGCUUUUUCUUGUUUUUCACAGAGCCUUCAGGGUGCAAGAACAACAAGUUCUUUAUCAGCUUAAACCUUGUGCUAUGUUUCCUGGUCUCUAUGGUUGCAAUUCAUCCCAAAGUUCAGGAAUGUCAACCCAGUUCUGGUCUGUUACAGGCAGCCGUUAUUACUUUGUACACUAUGUAUCUGACUUGGUCUGGCAUGUCCAAUGAACCUGAUGGCAUGUGUAACCCAAGUGGUUCACUUAUCUCCAGUGAUAAUCUGGCACCCGGGGUAGGCAAUGGGAGGACAGUCAUUGCUGCAGUGCUGAUGUUUGUUAUGGUUGUGUACUCUUGUUUAAAAACAACCAGCUCAAACCCUCUCACAGCCAGUAGCAGCAUGGAGGAGACACUUCUUCCAGAUUACUCUCAAGAUGCGGAGAGUGGAAAUGCUACAAAUGAUGAAAACAGGGUGAAAAUCCAGCGUGUUUAUGAUGAUGAGAGCACAGCUGUGACUUAUAACUACAGUUUCUUUCACUUGACCUUCACCUUGGCCUCACUGUAUAUUAUGAUGACACUUACCAACUGGUACAGCCCAGAGGGUUCUGACUUUACCACCUUGACUAGUAACUGGGCCACUGUGUGGGUCAAAAUCAGCUCCAGCUGGGCAUGUCUUGCUCUUUAUCUCUGGACUUUGCUAGCCCCAGUCUUGCUCCCAGACAGGGACUUUGGACAUUAAACAACCCAUGCUUUGGAGCAGACAUCCACUGCAGCUUUGUAAAAUUACAGUUAAAUUUGGGUUUUCACUGAGAAAACUGACACUAUUAAUACUUGUGAAGUAAUUUGAACAAUACAUGUGUUAUAUUCUCACUGUUUUGCUUCACAAUUUAUAUUAACCCUUUAACUCCCAAGAUCUCAUUUGUAAUUCUCCUUACUGUCUGCCAUACAGUUCUUGGGAUGUUAGUUUGAAGAGUUUGGUAUUGGAUCAAGUUUUAAUCCCCUAGUUGGUAUUUUUCUUUAUUCUCAAUACUUUUCUGCAAGAUAUUGUAUGAAUAUUGUAAAGAGAAAUUCUGUCUUAAUCACUCAUGAGAGCUAAAGGGUUAAGGGAGUUAUUAAAGCACACAAUAAGUAAACUUCAAAGUACAUAGAUUUGCUUUCUAAUCUGUUGUAGAUAAAUAAAUUAAAAAAUUGUUUAACAUCACCUUUUUAUUCAUGUUCGAUACUGCUUUUUGUUUUUGUUUUUUAAUUUACAAUUGAUACAAGUAGUAGCAUAUACAGUGAUACAGUGAUGUACUGUUUAGCUGUGUGUGAAAUGUCUGAAGAUAAAUUGAACUUCUUUAGGAUAACAAAAGAAUUUUGAAUUCAAAGUUUCCUUCAUCACUAAGGCUUGGAUAGGUCAUAAAGAAGAUCUGCAAAACUCUCAGUUUUAAUUAAGUUACUCUGUUUACAUAAGCUUUUGAUUAAGACUUGAGAUACUUGAUGUUCAGUACCUUUUAUAUUGAUAGCGAUCUGGGAUAUAGUUCACUCAAAUAUAAAUGAAGGUUAAGCUUGGUUUGAUAGUCACCUUGGUUACUUACUAUUAACGCAGAAGAGCUUGAGAUUUUGAAUGAAGGCCAGGAGCGUUGAAUCCUUGCGUAGGGAAAAUUUGACUUUCAUAGUCCUUCAAUUAGUUUUUAUUCUGUUUAGUUUUCUCAGUGGAUGUGAGCAAGCUCAAAACCUUUUCCUUGUUCUGUAAACUAAAGUUCAGCUAUAUAAUGUCUACAAAUGAAUUGGUAAACAAGUUGGACUGAUCAAUGGGUAGUACCUGGUCUAUUUUUAGACGCCUCUAUAUCUGAGUGGACUGUUCGUGAAGUUAAUGUUUGACUAAUUUUGGAUUUGAAAAAUGGAGCCAUCUUGUAAGUUAAAGUGUUGUGGAAUGAAUUAAAGCUGUUAGCACCCAUA